AUGCCGGAGGGCCCUUACCCCGAGCUCGCCGUCUUCGACCUCGACGCGUGCUUCUGGGACGAAGAGAUGUACACGCUGCGGGACAUCGUCGAUCCCGCCAGGUCCGUCCGCGGUAACCUCGGCAACGGCGUCGGCGAGGGCGUCGUGUCCGCCAUGAGCGGCAACACCGCCAUCACCAUCAAUCCCGGUGCCCUCAGAGCCUUACAGGAUUUUCACGCGGGCAAGUACCCAGGGAUGAGGAUCGCCGCGGCAUCGUCCGCGGACACUCCUCUGGCCGUGAGGAUUGGAAGAAGCGCGCUCGACGUCUUGGAGAUCGUCCCCGGCGUGACCGCGAGGGCGGUGUUCGCGAUCGGCUGGCCGGAGGGCUUCGACGGCAACAUGCAGAUCGGGCGGACCCCGCCGCUCUCGUCGAACAAGUCUCAGACGCACUUUCCGAUUUUAAGGCGGGAGACGGGAGUGGGGUACGAUCGCAUGCUCUUCUUCGACGACUGCAACUGGGGGGACCACUGCGCGGCGGUGGCGAACGGGUGCCGGGACGAGAUGACGGGGUUGGGGCCGGUGGUGGUUCGAACGCCGCGCGGGCUACAGGUGGCCGAGUGGGAGAAGGGCCUCGAGCUCUAUCGGGAGAGAGUCGCGAAAUUCGCGCCGGCGGAGCCGCCCCUCUAA